AGCGAAGAAGAUUGUAAUAAUAAGAAUUGAAAAAAAAAAGAAGCAAAAUCCGUUUGCAUAUAUAAAACGAAACAGAGGCAAAGCCAACUAGAAUUUCCCCCAUCUCUCUCUCUCUAAAUUAGAAGCCCAAGUUUCCAUCUUUCUCUCUCUAAAAGUUCCUUUCUUUCUCAGAUCCCUAAAUCCCUCUCUCUGUCCGAACAAUUCUCGUUGCUAGACUGUCGGAAUUGGUUUUGGGUUCGGUUCUUUAAUCGCAUAUGCCGGUGAAAUUUGGACGUUUCGGAGGUUGUUCAUGAUAAUAAGGUAUAGUUUGCUUCAUAAAAGUUCUCCAUUGGUAUGGGACACAGAAAUAUGUUAUGUAUUAAUCAGAUGAUUGACUUGGAAAUGGAUCUACAAGGCCAAGGAUAUCUCUAUCCGGGCCCCCCCAUCCAUUUGGGGCAUACAACGAACUUCCAGCAACCCAACACGCGUACAAUAAUGACGGCUUCAGGGAGCAGUACUAAUUUUGAUACCCAAUAUCUACCUGAAAGAUAUGACAAUACAUUGUUUUAUGGGACGGCUCAAUAUAAUGGUCUGCAUCAUCAGCAUAAUCUUGAUUUAGGUGUUGCUACACCCGGGAACUUCUAUUAUACAUUCAUGCCCCCUUCAUCUAGUGUUGGGGUGUUACCUGUUCCUUUAAGUCAUGGGACCCCUGAUCAAUUGUCAUCUUCUGGCGGUUAUGACAUUGUUGGAAUAUCUGCAGAUGAAUUUGGAAGAAAUAAUCACUUUGUAGAUGGUGCUAGAGGUCCAUGCAAGAGAAAAGUUCCGGAAAGUCUCCCAGGACAUUGCCAACACUUUAAUGGCUCUGCAACCCCUAGUUCUUCAGGAGUUCCUUUGAAUGCAAGACUUCCAGAUGGAGUUGCUGCAUCAGAUCCUGCAUCUUUUUCUCUGCCUCGGUAUGUAGGAAAUGGGAACCCACCAAUUAUGGAGGUAGGACCACACAGUGGUGCAAGGAGCAGAUUUGUUGCAACUGCACUGGAUUCUGCCGGGAUGCAUGACCAUAACCAUCUUGUUCAAGGAAACUAUUUGGGUCAGCACUUUCAGCCAUCUGGUAUGUGGUUGGAACAAAACUUAAGCGGCACUUCUGGUGAUGGAGGUGGUUCAGCCUGGAAUCAUGCCCCUAAUAUACCUUUUGUGCAUGUGGCCAAUCUCAGUGCAGGUUCAAUAGAGAAUGCAAAUGUGGGUAUGCUGAGAUAUCAAGAGACACCUAACAGGAGAACUUCACAAAGUCUACGACACUAUCCUUCAGUGAACCAUAGGCAUCAGAAUCACCAUGCGUUACCACCUGUGCUGGGACCUAGAGGCCAUAAUAACUUGCCUGGAGCUUCACAUAGGUCUUCCUCAAAUUCCACACGCAGUAGUAUGAAUCCGUCUCAAAAUGGUCUGGAACAUAGGCAUGCAGGAACGCUUCCACCAACUGGCAUAAGGAUAAUCCGCCCUCACCGAGAAGGCAUUCCCGAUACAAAUUCAAGACAGCAGCACCUUCCGCACUUGAGAUAUCUGCAUGCUGAUGAGGUUGCCAUACUGGAGCUUCCAGAGUCAUAUGAGGUAGGGGAGUUUGACCAUCAUAGCGACAUGCGCUUGGAUAUCGAGGAUAUGUCUUAUGAGGAACUUCUUGCAUUGGGGGAGAGGAUUGGUAACGUGAACACUGGGUUGUCAGAGGAGAUCAUCGUGAGUCAACUAAAGACAACCACCUAUUUAUCACGUGGAACUAAUAUUAAUCUGGAAGAAACAAAAGUCUCAGAUAAGGAAUCUAAUUCUUGCAUUAUAUGCCAGGACAACUACAAAACUUUCGAGAAGAUUGGAAUUCUGAGUUGUGGACAUGAGUACCAUGCAGAAUGUCUGAAGAAAUGGUUGCUUAUCAAGAAUGUCUGCCCCAUCUGCAAGUCCGAAGCAUUGACCCACAAAAGAAGAGAAUAAUAAUAAUGUAUAGAAAUGGGGGAAGACUGUUGGAUUACCAAGGGAAAACUCAUCCUUUUGUUCUCUUAUAAAUGUUUUAUUUGUCAUAACAAAGAGUUUGAUACUUUGCAAUGGGGUGUUACUUUGCAUAUAUGAUCCGACAAUCACAUGUCCAGCUCAUUUAUCUGUUGGUAUCCAAACAUUGUUCUUGUAUUUA